GAGAGUACCAAGCGAGCACCUUUGGCAAGUACUCUCAUCGGGUUUCCGCAGAGGUUUUUCGACUUUUUAUCUCGUUCUACUCCUUCCUUCUCCGCCUUUUUAGCCCCGAUUAUCGGAUCCCCGAGAAACCUGUGCGCGUAUGUGUGUGUGCUGGCCGCCCGUCCCGCCGCCGUCCGUUUUCUACCUGUUUCUUUUUCUGCUCUUGCUGCGGCUGCCUAUUCUCGAACCGGGCAAAUGACGUUUUACGCUGGGCGCUACCGUCCGAUUCUCCCAUAUGACUGCUUUUUAUAGAAAGUGCUGGCCCCUACGUGAACGAGGUAGGCCUGCCUCGCCGACGCUCAUGUGCUAAGUGUGCGUGAAACGAAACGUUACGCACCCGGCCUCGUCCACUACUAGACCGCGGAGACCGUGAGUGGCCGACGUUCGGCCUCCGAAACGAUCGUCCAGCUAGCGAAAGAAGACCGCCUCUCACAUCGGCAGCAGCAGGGCUCCGAAGUUCUGCUGGCUCGUCGCAAUGGAAACAAGCCGGACGGCGCUGUUCGUGUGCUUCGUUUGAAACUCUACCUUCGCUGUGGCUGCAGUUUCCGCGGCAGUAAUUUUGCAAGAUGUCUUUCGUCCGUGCCGUGACCAUGGCUUUGCCGUGCGUUUGCCCACUUACUUGCUGCUGUGCGGUCUACAAAUGACUUUGCGUGUGUCGCAGGGUUAAUGGUUGUCUACCGAAAGGAUUCCGCCAAGGUGGAGACCGAGAUAGCAGCCGCCACGGCUACGCCGGCUGAAAACGGGUCGGUGACGGCGUCGGAUGAGGCCGAUACCAUGAAGGCUGGUGUCCUGCCCGGGGACGUGACUCCGCCCACGGUAGUGGGUAACGGGGCACCCCCGCAGCAGGCACCAGUGUUUUCGCCGGCGGAUGUGCCGCCACCCAAGCCCGGGGUUCCCCGAGCCAUCCUCACUUGCCGGCCCAACUCGCACCCGUUCCCCGAGCGAGUGCUCAGCCUGGACCAGCCUGCCAAGGUUGGUCGGUCAGUGGCCCGGUGCCGACAGGCACCAAACAACGCCAUCUUUGACUGCAAGGUUCUCUCGCGAAACCAUGCUCUGCUCUGGUAUGAAAACGGAAAAUUUUAUCUGCAAGACACCAAGAGUAGCAAUGGCACGUUUGUCAACAACCAGCGCCUAAGCAAAGGUUCCGAGGAAUCACCAGCCCAGGAAGUCUGCUCCGGUGACAUUGUACAGUUCGGUGUAGAUGUGGUGGAGAACUCCAGGAAAGUGACCCAUGGGUGCAUUGUGGCAACACUCCGGCUUUUCCUGCCUGACGGGAAAGAAGCCAAAGCCAGCCCUUCUACAGCACUUAUUCCUGCUGGAGCAGGUACCUCAAUCACAACUCAGGAACUGUAUCAACUGUCCCAGUGUAUUCAGGAAGCACUUCACAGGGAGCAGAUUAUCCAGAACAAGAUAGCCACACUUCAGCGAGUUGUCACCAGCACACAAGAAGCCAGCGAGAACAAUUGGAAGGCCAUGAUUGAAGAAGACCGGCUCCUGAACAGGAUUGAAACGCUUGAAGCACAGCUACAAACAUGUGCUAAGUCAGCUACUGAUGAUAAGUUAAGAGAAGAGAUAGCUCGGCUACAGAAGGAGCGAGAGAGGUAUGAAGACACGGCAAAGGAGUCCUUGAAGAAGGCGUUACAAGAAAAGCUUGAAGCCCUUCGACGUGUACAGGAGCUGGAGUAUACUGCCUCCAAUACUGAGGACGAGUGUGCGCGACUGCGAGAAGUCUAUGAAGCAGCUCAGAAAGAGAUUGGUGCCCUGGCAACCCGCACUGAUAAGCAUCAAAAGGAAAUAGCGCAGCUGCAGACCCAGCUCAAGGAAGCCGAGGAGUUAAAUCAGGCCAUGACCGAGGAGAAAACUGCUCUGGAGAAUCAAAUCCAGGAACUUCAGAAAGCUGAACAGGUUCUUGCAGCAAAAAUCGAGUCUCUUCGAGCAGACAAUGAUUUUGCGAAGGAACAAUUAUCAGCCAUGAAAGCUCGCUUUGAUCAAGUGAAGAAAGCGCAGUACAUUGAAGAUGGCUUGGAAACAUUGAAUUCCAAGGAAAACAUGCCGAACCACGAUGACUCUAAGGAGUCUGGAGGAGAAGUGUUCUUUGAAAAGAGCCUUGCUGAUGAAAGCAUGAAAGGUGAUUGCUUUCAACCGGAGAAAGAGUCUGAGCUGUCAGGAAGCAAAGAGCUGGAAAUCAGUUUGAGCUCCACUUUGGAGACAGCGAUAAUUGAAAAAGAAAUUACUCAACGUGUGCUGUCAAAUGAGCUCCAAGCUAAGGUUUGUGAACUGGAGGAGCAGUUGGAACAGCUGCAUAGCUUGGAGGACAAAGGAAGGGAUGAGAAUCAGCGUAAUGUUGAGGAACUGCAGGCCGAAAUUGCUCAACUUCGGGGUGAGUUCUUCGAACUAUUGACUGAAUCUCGUGAGAAGAUAAACGCUGCACAGCUUGAGCUCGCUGCUAUGAAAGCAGAAGCACAGCAGGCUGCGAAGACGAGGCAGGCUGGCACGGAAGAGCAGCCGCCUGCGGAGCCGUCCGAGGAGAUGUCUGCUCUUAUGGCUCAACUGACUGCAGCACGCAAGCAGGUUCAGGACCAGGUGUGCCAGAUUGCCAGGCUGCAGGGGGAGCUGUCGCAGUCUGAACAGUCGCUUUGUGAGCUGCGAGAGCAGUUCAACAUCCAGCGACAACAGCUAGCUGAACACGAGCGGCACAGGCGCUUGGGUCAAGAAGAGCUUAGCAGCUUGGAAAAUCUUCUCGAAGAGGAAAGGAAAGCCCGGAGUCGGACAGAAGCCGCGUCAGAGGCUGUAAAGAAGCAACUUCAUGAAGCCCAGAACAGCGCCAAACAGCACCAGAAUGAAGCGGAGCAUCUGAGGAAGAAAGUGCGGACUCUCACCGAAGAAAUGCGCAAUCGAGCCAACACGGAGCGUUCCUUGACUCCUAACCACACCCAGGAGCCGCUUCAGGAGGAAUGCGAGGCCCUGCGUGCUCGUCUUCGAGCAGCUGAAGAAGAGACAACCAUACAGCGGGACGAAAACGCCAAGCUCCUUGCCGAGUGUGAACGCUUGCGGACAAGUUGCAACGUGCUCGGAAUGCAGUCAUCCGUACCCUCCGUGCCAGGUGAUCGAGGUGAUAGGGGUGAUCGGGUUGACCAGGGCGACUGGCCGGACCAGCUUGAGAAGCUGCAACAAGAGGCCCAGAGUACGAGGCAUCAGCUCCAGGAGUCAGCAGAGGAAUUGGCCCUGCUCAAGGAAAAGUACUCAGUCUGCGCUCUGGAGAAAGCGCAGCUUCAGCAGGAGCUCAAGGCUGUCAGUGAUGAGCGCCAGUUGCUACUCUACCAGUCCAAGGCAACAUCGGCCUGCUCAAUAAUACCGCUGUGCAUCCUCGUGCUGGCCGUUCUCUUGGGCUUUUACCCAACGCUGUCCUACUUCACGGCCACGGCCGAGACUCCUUGAGGGCGUCGGCCACCCGGGCUUUCUCGAGUAACGCUCGCAUGUGCUUUCACCUGCCUACGUCAUUUCCAUGAGAUGACGACCAGUGAGAGGCAGCCCGAGUCGGUGUCACUUUUCGUUCUUCUGGUUGUGACCUUGCACAGCGAAGACACAGCUUCAAGGACAUGCUUCCCCACGGGUCCAUAGGCAGCUUCGACGUGCUCCGGUGGUGUUUGCGUGCGUGCGUGCAAAUGUGAGCGGUUUUUGAAGCAUGUGCUGACGUUGGUUGCUUUCGAAAUCGCUUGUCCAUCGUACCGAAUUGGCUCGCCUACCCCGCCCCUUCUCCAUUGUAAGUACAAACCCUUCACUUAGGUCUCGCACUACUAGGUUGUCCCGGCUUUAUUGUGUGCCCAUUUUUAAGCACCCUCUUGGAAUGGCCAGAUGAGUUUUUCAUUUGUGUAUGACAUGCUGGUGUGACUUGUCGCCACAGCGGAGACGCUGAUCAGUUUGUGUCGUCGCAAGACAGCGCAUUAGGCUCGAAGACUUCGAUUACACUACGUUGAUGUGUCACGUGGAACGUGGUAACGGACUCCCCGAAUGUAACAGGCCUCUAGCUUUGCAUCCUUGCCCAAUUUUUUUUGUGUGUGUGUGUACGGGCAGCCGAUGUGCAAGUUGAUAUACAGUUCAUCUCUCUGCCAGUGCUGCUACCACUGUUGGGAAGUUUGUCAUUCUGGUGUUCGAGCCACUUACGGGAUUCUCCUGUGUUUUUUUUUGUUUCGGCUAGAUGUAAGCCGCUGCGAAGAGUCUAAAGAGAACAAAAUGUCGGAGUGCACUGCUGUUAACCUGUCUUAUCAAGUUUUCUUUAAUGCACAAUAAAUAAAUCUUCCUUAAAUGUUUUUCAAGCACUUUAAAACCGUACCGAGCCCUUGCAGACAAGACGGGACCCAAUUUGUUGUCAAGGUGCUGAUGUGUCUUGUUCUAACAUUACUGCUUGCUAUGUGCAGAGAUUUGGAUUUAUUGCUGUUUACAAAACAGUAAGUGCUGUUUAUUGCUUACGUGUUCAUCUUUGCACAAUCUGGCCCUUAUGGAGUAGGUGCUUAUGCAGGAAUUUUUUUUUCUUUUUGAAAAAAAAUUUUUUUUGAAUGUGCAUGUGUGCGUUUUUUUUUUUUUCGUUUUCAUUUUAUCUCACUCUCUCUCUGUCCUCUUUCUGACCCCUAUAUCCCCACCCCUGUGCAGGGUAGCAAACCGGUCACUCGCGCCAGGUUAACCUCCCUCCGUUUCCUUUUCAUCUAUUUCUCUCUCUCUUUUUUUUUUUUUUGAAGCUAUGUUUUUGUGUAGAUUAUAAAAUAUGAAAAGAAACAAACUGCAUCGGCGAAAAAACAGUCCCUGCUGUCCUCUUCAUCAUGUUGCCAUAAGCUCUUUAGGUUAUUUGCUACCACUGUUCUGCGGCCUCAUAACCAAGCUUAAAGCUGACACAUUCGAGUGAGUUAGGUGUUUAGUUUGCAAUGUGCUUUCACUCAGCCGGCCACAUCACAUUCAGCGUGCGAUACUUGCACUCUCAGUGGGGGAUUUUCCUGUGCCCUACGAUUAUGAACUUACUUGAAAGUACUUCACUUGCACUUUACGUAGCGGCUCUGAGGUCUCUGUGCUAUCAUCAAGGAAUGUUCGUUUAUUAAUUAGUUACCACAGAACAAUUGAUGUUGCCAGCAGUCCUAGGUGUUUUUCUUUUAACAAUGCCUUCAUUUCAAGCUUCUAACUCUGGCUGAAAGGUGCAGGUGCCUAAACAGACCCUCAGGCAUUCGGGCCCCAGGCGAGUUCCUUAACGAGUACAUUUGUGUGUAGAGUGCUGCCCGAAUGUUUGGUUGCUGUUCAGCACCAAGUAGCACAAUUUCAGUUUCUUAAUUUAGCACUGCUUUUUCAUGGAAAGGUCACACCCGCAUGUAGAUACCUAUUUGACUCCUCUGUGUGCCUGUACAUAGUAAUAUUGAUCUGUAGAGGUGGAAAAGGACUGUCAAGUGCCAUCAUAUUUCUUAGUGCUAUCAGUUUUUGUACAGAAGAGAAUACAAUGCACACACGCGAACUUGUAACAUAGAAUAACAAAAGCUUUAGUACUAGCCGAGUCUUCUUUUUUUUUUUAGCUGCAGCAUUGCUUUGUACCUGGACUUGGAGGUGCAACCAUUCUCUUAGGUAUUGUGUAGCAGUGUCUGUGUAUAUCGUUUUUUGGCAUGAAGUUGGCCUGCUUUGGCUUACUGGCAGCAAGCCCCCCCCACCCACCACCGAGUCGCUGCAGCUGCAUUUGUCCGGUUAGGGUGUAAUUAAGACUUACAGCUGUCGUGAUUCCAAAUUGACGAGGUAUUGCUAUUGUGGCAGUAUUUCAGGCUGGAAAGAUUUUUUGUAUUAUUUCCUAAGCUUUUAAAUUAUCCUAGGAAAACCGAAAUGGUAGAGGCAUGGAACGGUUAUCGAAAAUGUAGCAUUGUUAAAUGAAGUAAAAUAUAGCGAAUUUUUAUAGUGAGGCCGCACUUUUGAAAUGCCACAUCCACCAUUUUAAAUUUCAUGCCUGCAAACAAUGGGAAAGCAACAUUCCUAGAUUUGCAAGCUAUUUCAAUAGCAAGCAUCAGUGCUGACCGCAGGCAUUUUUCACCUUUAUGGCACAACGUACUGUUUAUUACUGUUAUUAGGGUAGAAAACAUUUGCAUCAAAGCCCUUUUAAUGUGAGGCGCUAGUAACCUCAAUGGGACCUAUAAACAGAGUGAGUAGAGCAGGCCAUAUUUCCUAUUAGCUUUGUCGGUCACAUUGCGCAGUUGUAUAUCUCUGGGUGCCCAAAAUUAGAGUUCUAUGAUAGUCUACUGUUGUAAAAUUGCCAAGAAUUUUCUUCUUUUGUACCUAAAGGAUGUGCAGCACUUACAAACAGCAUACUGUGCAAUAAUUCGAAGUUUCUGCCUCUGCUGAAAAAUAGGGAACAAAGCCAGUGAGCAGUCUUUCAAGAGAACCACUGCUGUAGGUGCACGGUUGGCACCAGAUGAUUUCAUUUUUGGGCGAGUUGAAUACGCUCGGGUGUGCCGAAACGUGUGGACUCGAAGUGCGGCUGACGAGGCUCGGCGAGUCGGGUGGGCUUGGUGCGGGCCAAAGGUGAGAAUGGACAAAGUUUUGUGUGAUGCCACUGCUGGGCUCCCUUAGUCACAGAAAGGGGGGAACACCUGUGGCAAAUAGUGUAGACUUAACUGGUUGUCAUUCCCGCUACUACUACUUCUAGCUUCAGUGCUGAAUUCAGCAGUCUGUGUGCUCGCGUUGAGACGACCUUCUACAGGUGCUUUCAUUUUUGUUGCUUCUCGUUAAUUUUUUUUUUCUAACUUACGCAAAUUAACCGAGUUGGAUUUGCAGUGUUUCCAAGGUUGCCGUGUUCAAGCACGUGUGUUCCGUUUUGCUCCGUUCUUGCCUGCUCCUUCACUAAAAGUAACUUGGCCAUAGGUUGGCUAGCUAACGUAGCUUGACGUCGUGUGUGAAGGUAACCUAGCCGGCUGGUUUUGUUUUUUUUUUACUUUUGUCUGUGAUUUCGGUGCUUUGAAGCUGAUGUUAGUCUACGUAUGUUGCAUAUUUUUUUUUUUUGGAACAAGAGCAGUAUUUGUGUUCCCAUCUCCGUUUUAUGUUGCCCCUUUUUGUAAUAUAAUGUUCGUUUCCCUCUGUUUUUUUUUUUUGUAAGAGAUGUGCACUGAAGAGUUCAGUCUGCUUUAAAUGAAAACGAAAGCAUUAUACAUAUAUUAUAAUGCAGCCAGCAGGAAAGCUGAAUAAAGUUGUGUCACGA